AUGCCAGCGCCUCAUCCAAAUGAGCUUCGAGUUCAAGUCCUCUCUUACUGGGCCUUAGGGAUUCAGCCACCCGAUAUAGCCAAGAUGCUUCAGAUCAACGUCCGUACGAUAUGGGAUAUGAUCCAGAAGGGCCAAGAUCGUGGCUACAAUCCUGCUCAGUCCAUGAGGGUUAAGCUUGAAUAUGUGGAAGAUGGCAAGCGCUCUGGCCGUCCGAAGGAGAUUUCUGAAGCUACAGAUAUGGCAGUUCUUGCAUCUGUCAAGCAGGAUAGGAAUGGACGUGAGAAAUCUUCUGAAAUCCUUGCCUUUGAAGCAGAGACUGCUUACCAACACAAGAAGUCAGAGGUAGAGAUAGCAGCUCUAAAUGCAGAGCUGGAGCCUAUUCUCAGGGAGGAAUGGGAGAUAGAGACGAGGCUAAAGCGUCUGCAUCUUCGUGGGGUCCCUGGGCGUGUUCCUACAUGGAGAUUUACUGAGAAAACUGGGAAGCUUGUACGAAAGAGCAAAGGAGGAGUUGACUGGUGGAGAUACCAGCAGGAAAUCCUUCUUCCACAUCUUAUUCCUUUUGCCAAGGCCUGCAAAAUCGAACGUCCAGAUACAAAGGUAUUAGAGGAUGGGGCCCCUGCUCAUAAACACCAUGCUCAGCGCCGCAUUUACAGCAUCCAUGAAAUUGAGAAGAUCUUUGACUGGCCUGGCAAUUCGCCUGAUCUUAAUGCAAUUGAGCCAUGCUGGAUGUGGAUGAAGAAGCGUACAACUUCACGUGGAGCACCUAGGGACAAAAAGACUGGAAAGACAGCUUGGAUAAAGGCAUGGAAUGAGCUCCCUCAGGAGAAGAUACAGGGCUGGAUUGAGAGGCUUAUAAGGCAUAUCCAGGAGGUUAUACAACAUGAUGGGGGUAAUGAGUACAAGGAGGGCCGUACAGAUCAUGAUGCUCGAAGCUGGAAGGGCAGGCGGAUCAAAGGUCAGCUUUCUGCGCGUCAAGAUCUAUCUCCAGAUCCUUGA